AUGUCAGAAUAUGCAUUACUUGUGAUGCUGCACAAGGAGUCCCCGCUCGGGUUCAAGGAGCUGGAGUGGUUCGCCGACAUCGACCUCUUCCACGAGCAGGCGCCCAAGGCCGGCAGGACGUUGGCGGAGGUCCCGGAGCUUUUCGGAUCCCAGGCGGCGAACGAUGCCGCGUACUACAGGACAGCCAAAGCCGCCGGCGCGCCGGGUGCGCCUUGA